ACCAGGUCCAGGACUCGAACUGCAGCUGUCCAACACCUUAACGACCACAUCACCUGCGGUCCCAAAAGAGUGACUCUUGGAGUAACAAGCAGACGUUUCCUUUUUCAGAGGGCGGCUCUGCCGACCGACCGCGGAGUCUCAGCUGGUGCUGCAGAGCUACUGCGGCCCCGCCCAGCCUGGUCGCAAUAAACCCCUCCGCGCCCCCCGCCCCACCCUGCGGUGACGCGGCGCCGCCCAGGGCACUAAGUGACUUCCGCUGGUGGCUGCGCUGCUGCACUGACGGGUCCUCGCCCCUGCCGCCGCCUAUGCCCAGGAGUCCCCAGCCCACGGUCUGUUCCCGUGCCCGCGCGCCAUGGGUCCACGCAGAACUGCGUCUUCUCUGGGGGCUGGCCCUGCUGCUGCUCGGGUGUCCCCGGCCUGUGCGCAGUGACUGUGGCCUGCCCCCAAAUGUACCUAAUGCCCAGCCAGAUUUGGGAGGUUCCGCGACAUUUUCGGAGGGACAUGUGUUAACGUACAGAUGUAAUCGUGGCUUUUUUAAAGUCACUGGCAUGCCAGACUCAGUGACCUGUGUGAAUAGCAAGUGGUCGGAUCUCCGAGAAUUCUGUAGUCAGAGCUGUGGGUUUCCACCCAGGUUACUUUUUGCAUCACUCAAAAAGCCUUACACCGAGCAGAAUAAUUUCCCAGUGGGGUCCACGGUGGAGUACCAGUGCCGUCUGGGCUACAGGAGGAACCCCCCUCUAUUACCAAGACUAACUUGCCUUCAGAAUUUAACAUGGUCCACACCAGCUGAAUUCUGUAAAAAAAAGUCAUGUCCUAACCCUGGAGAGCCAGUAGAUGGUCAGCUCCACGUGACGACGGACUUACUGUUCGGUUCAUCCGUCUCCUUCUCCUGUAACGAAGGGUUUAAAUUAAUCGGUGCAUCUACCAGUUACUGUAUUAUUCUGGAUAAAAAUGUUGGGUGGAGUGAACCAAAGCCAGUGUGCACAAUUAUUUAUUGUCCCGUACCACCCCAAAUUGAAAAUGGAAUGAUCCCACAUAGAGCUGAAACGUACACCUACAGCCAGACUGCAACGUACAGAUGUAAUAAAGGCUUCACCCUGGUCGGAGAGCGCACUAUUUACUGUAGGGUAAGAGCCGAGGAAGGAGAGUGGAGUGGCCCGCCACCUACGUGCAGAGGAAAAUUCCCACCGCCCACUCCUGCCAACGUACAGAUCCCCAACACCUACUACAGGAAAAGCCGCAUCUAG